UAUUAUCAAGCUUUCGCAGUGCAGUCAUAUUUAACCUAUUCCAAAUUUAAACCGUGUGUUUUAAUUAAUAUUAUAGUGUUAAAACAACACUAGACAACAAAAAUUUAAUUGCAUAGACCACAAAAUGUCGAAAGAAAGUGAACGCAACCAACACACCGCGAUGACUCUUGCCGACAGUGUAGUUCGGUACCCUUACUUCAACGCUCGCCUCGCGCGAAUUUUAAAUUCUGAACAGACUGCAUUCGAUAUUUGAAAUGUGUUUAUAUUCUUUUUUUAUUAUUUAGAACUACUACUCAAGUGAAAUAAAUAGUGAUCUAUCUGAUAACAUUUAAAAAGAAACUAAAAUGGAUUUACUUGGUGAGGCAAGCAGUGAAACCCGAAUUUUAACUGCUCGGCAUAUAAGUGCUGAGAAGGCACUACCUGACACAAACAAUGCUGUAAAUACCACGUUAUUGUGUUAUAGUUACAGCAUGCAGCCAGACUUCGGGUCAUAUUUAGCAGCAAUACAACCCUACGCAUGCUUAUUUUGGUCCUGCGGUGCCGUAGUGUUGCUUGUGAUAUGCGCACUAUACUUCUUGACGAUUCGCUCCGCAUCUCAAUUUUGGCGCGAAAGCAUCAACAACGUAGCUAUCGUUUUAACAGUAUACCCGGUGGUGACAGCUUCGGCAUUAGUUGCUAUCAUAAUUCCAAGAUCUCUGAUACUAUGCGAGGCUAUAGCUCAAGAAGUCGUUAUGAUAGCGAUGUACCACUACUUCCGUAUGCUUAUAGCUGAAUGUGGAGGCGUUGAUAUGCUUAUCAGGCGCGCAGGCGCAUCUGAACAUCGUUUAGAUACCAGAGUCCUACCAUGUUGUUGCUGGCCAUGUUGUGUUAUCCCACGACCACGAAUACAAAAACAACAUUUGACUUCGCUACGUUAUUUGAUACUGCAGAUGCCUGUGAUUCAAGGAAUAAUCUACUUUAUUAUCUUAAUACUAUGGGCGGAAGAUAUGACACUACAGAUGCAGGCCACGAAAUACAUCCAAGUGUUUAUCGCGGCAUCUAUACUGUCUGGUAUGUGGGGGAUAAUAAUGUGCGUGCGAUUGGCCGAGUCUUUGGGCCUGAGGCCAAGGGCGAGGUUAUUGUCACUCCAGUUGGUGCUCCUGAUUGUGAAACUGCAGUGUGGAACCGCUAGAUCUCUGCCGGGACUGUUCAACUUGCCAUGUGUCAUGUCUCUCCAUCCAUUUGUGUUUGUUAACCUCGUUCAAAACUGUGUAACAAUUAUGCAAAUGUUACUACUCUCCAUAUGGGCUUGGAGACUAUACAGCGUACCGCCAGGGAAAGUGGUCGAUAAAGUGCAACACGCGGUGGUUUCUAUUGUGGAAGAUAUAUCCGGAGUAUUUGAUGUUAAGGCUGUCAAGAGUGGUAUUGACAACAAAUCGUUUAAAGAUAACGGUGAUAUAUAAAACAACCCAACCGAUUAGUUCUAGAUUCAAUUUUUAUAGUACAAACUCAUUUGAAAAAUGGAAGGUUUGUUAAAAAGGUUAUUUGAACAGAAUUUUGGAUGGCAUAAAGUCUUUGCAAAAACCACUGAUAGACGCUUCCAAAAAUUAUUCUUGGUUUAUUUUUUAAUUUAAAUUAAAAACUAGGAGGUUUUUAUGAUUCGCUUUACAUUUAUCAGAAUAGGAUUAACUUAGUAUAAACCGCUAUUAAAAUUACUAGUCCAUUAGUAUUAAGUCCUCGGUGCUGGAGGCUUAUUAAACUUGGUGAGUUAUACGAAAUGAAUCCUAUUAUGAUUCAUAUAGAAUUUUUAGUCUGCCUACUAGGUCAAUAGGUAAUUGAAGGAUAAAUUUGGUUACAUCACAUAGGAUAGUAAUUUGUUAACAUCGACGACAUUAUUGUGUAAGCCCUGAUUAUAUAAUAGUGCUUGCCACCUUAAACUGAGAAUGUGAUAGGUAGAUACUUAUGUAAAUUCUUAUACAAGAGGCAUAACAUUCCUUAGGAAUGACAACGAAUGUAUGAAUGGAGUGUACAUUUAUGGGCGUCACAAUAUAUUAUGUGAUUUCAAUAAUUAAUAUUCCUAUGUAUAAGAGAUGCUUAUCAUUUGAGGCGUUAGCAUGUUGUUUGACAUUUCUAGUUGAUACCUAGUAAUAUAAAAAUAUGUUAUAUAAAAAUUUUGAUCAUUUAAAAAGAGUUGAUUACGUUUAUGCUAAUUAAAUAGAUUUAAAGAACAAAAUAAAUAGUAAUCGUAUCUAUGUACCAUUAAUUCAGAUUUUAAGUAAAUGGUACGAUAUGUAAAAACAUUUUGGUUGAAGCUUGUUGAAUUUAUGACAACAACAAUAAUAGCUAAACUGCAAAUAAACAAUUAUCUAAUAUUGGUAAAUAAAGUAUUCGUCCUAAAAUAAGUACAUAUAAAAUACGUACAUACGUGUUUCCUUCAUUUAUAAUCUCGGAUCUUUUAAACAUAGCGUGAAAAAGCUUUUAGUGAGACAUAGUGCGGUCAAUUGUAAAAAGUAUUCUCUUUUCGGUUGAUCAUAUUCAUGGAUAAUAUUCUUUCCGUGUUCGCUCAGGAGGUCACAUGUCGUAUUUUAAUAAAAGUAUUGCAAGAAAUGGAUUAAUAUGCUCCAAAUUACCUACCUACUAGUAAUGGCAUGUUAGGUUUAGAAAUUACUCAUACUACACGUAAGUUCUCUUUAGAAAACAAAACAGCUUCAACCAAAAAGACGUCGAUUUUUGGUUGUAUAGAAAAAGUGACCUUUCAUAACUAUUUAGAUAUCUUUAGAAAUUUUCGAUAAUAUGUAUUUUUUCAUAAUGUCACGAUAGAUGUAAAAAGUAACUGAUUUAUCUUUUGUUAUUAUAUCACAUUACAUUUAUGGCCUGCGUAAACGACGGAUAAACCAUAGUGUUUAUUUUUGUGUCAUAAUAGAGUAUAUUCAAUUGAUGUUAUUAUAUACACGCGCUCAUGCAAGAGAACAUACCUUCGCGUUGAACACACAGGUAACUUUUAUUCUCCUGGACGAAGUAACAAAUAUCUUUCAUUUAUGCAGGCUCUAGAUCUUGGUACUUACAUAGUUGUAAUCAUUGUCAUCAACGUUAUAUAUGGUAUGGUCAUUAUAAAAAAAUUUGUGAUAUUAAUUUGUGAUUUCAUAAAUUUCGAAUAUUGGAUUAAGUUGUAAUAAAUUAAGGUCAUAACUUUCCUUUAAGUUAUGGAGGUAUUGUUUUUUUUUUUAUAAAGUUGAGGGCAAACGAGUAUGCAGCUCACCCGAUGAAAAGUAAUUACCACCGUCCAAUGUUAGAGAAAUUGUAGGUGUGUUGCUGACUUUUUAUGAAAGAAUAUGCUUCUUUCUUAAGAGUUACAAUAUCAUAUCUGUUCGGAAAUACUGCUGUGAUAAAAUUCAGCACCUGGCAAUAAUCAGAAUAAUUAUUCGGAAAACUUCCUAUGAUAUACGCGAUUAAAGACGUAGAAAAUACGCAAUAAUAUGCCAGUGGUUCGAGUUGAUCGACAAAUCGUUGGUCAUUAAUAAUCCGAGUCACCCAGCAUUGUAUACAGUCCAAUGGAAGAAGCUAAUAUUGCAGUGCUUUCAGCUCAGACGUAAGAACAGUAUUCCAUGUGUGUAUGGAUUUGAAUUGUAUAUAAUUAUAAGAGAUGAGCUGGCGUGAAAUAGCGUCUCACUUUACUGAUUACCUAACUUUUUUUAUUGUUAUUUUAGCUUUUUCUUUCAAAUGAUCGCAUAACUGGACGCUGUUGGAUAUAUUAAUGCCAAGGAUCCUCCGAUUUAGCUUAAUAUCAAGGGGAGUGUUCUUAAAUUGAAGAGAUAUGACAAAUGGAGUCUUUUUUUGCUGUGAACACGCAGACUUGUGUUUUCUUGGUUAAAUACAAGAUUUUCUUUGCCUCAGAUCGAAAUCUGAUAAAGUGAAGUUUCAAUUUCAGACACAAGCCUGUUCCGCCACUCGCCAAUGUGUACCGGCGAGACGUUUGCUUGGCCGGUAUAAGUGGCAUCUCCUGUGCUAUUAUUCGCAUAUUAUCGCAAAUGUUAUUAUUCGGCAACAUGACGUUGACGUGCAGAAAAAACAGUGUUAGUGAUAGCAGACAGUCUUGCGGGAUACUAACAUUCACGUGUUUAGAGUCUGAGCAUGCACCGUUGUUAAUGCUUCGCUCUAUGAGAAAUAUUUGCAUAGUUUCAGUCAUAUGCAGCCAGAAGAAUGGUAGUUUUGAAAGCACUUGAUGUACCUGAUUAUGAUUUUAAUAUAUUUUUUACUUUGAUGUGUUUUAAAUGAUCAUUAAAAUUGAAUUUUCAAUACAUUUAUUGUAAAUUAAAAA